AUGAAAACAAACAUGGCGGUCAAAUUGGAUGAUGUUUCUUCUCCUCAACUCGCGCUUAAAUUUUCAAGUUCUUCCUUCGAUCCUGAUAAAUGUAAGUAUUGCAUGAAAAAUAAUUAAGCGAUAACCACCCUUUGUUUCUUCCAAAUUAUCAUUUUUCGUUUUGAUGUACCUGUAAUUGACUAUCUUAUCAUGAUACAGAGCUCUAGGUGGACUGCACCUUCCAUCCUUAUUUUUUUUUGCUUCAGAUGUCAGGGAUCUGUCUGCGAAGUGUGACACUGAUGCUGAACUUCAGGAUCAUCGAAAGCGUAUUCAGACUUUAAGCGAAGAAACUGCGGUUAGCUUGAAGAAAAAUGUUUAUAAGAACUACAUGCAGUUCAUCGAAACAUCAAAGGAAAUAUCAUGUAUCCUUUAGUUUUUAAUCAGGCGAGGGUGUGUGUGCUCAGUGAUGGGGGAUGCCGAAAGAGUGCAAUCGAGAUUGUAAGAUUAAAGAUGCAAACAGAAAACUAACUUCGUGUGCUUGUUUAUCGGUAUCCUUAAUAUACCACUCUUUCGAAGGAUUUUUCAAGACCAAUGCGAACAGAACGUCCUGCAGGAUGUUGUACAUGUGGAUUUGGAUUAGUUACGAAUCGUAAUACAUGUCAAUGAUGCAGAUUCCAUAACAUAAUCUUUUAGAUCUAGAAGCAGAAAUGUAUCAGUUGGGACAUUUUUUGGCGGAGCAAAAAGCGAUACUCAGCAGUCAGGAAGACAUGUCUUUAUUUGGAACACAAGGUAAUUUGUAUAUACCAAAGAAAUUGGAAAUGCUCACAACAUAGGAACUAUGUUGAGUAGCCAAAUCUCUGUAUAGCUCUCUGUCUAUUUUGGCAGUAAAGCUCUUAGGCUUGGAUCUAAUAAUUCAGUUAAUAUUACGAAUCACAACAGGUUAAAAUAUCUUUUGAAAUAAGAAAGUGGUGAUAUUCACUAAUUCAUGUAAUUCAAGGCAUGUUUGAGAACAUCCAACCAUAAAAAGUUUUAUGUUUGAUCCACAUGUUGAUCCACAGGCAUGUUUUAAUUGUUUAAGUAUCUACUUCCUCAUCUGAAAGAAGAUGGAACUAACUGAUGGGUGUAUUUGCUCCCUGAUACCUUAUCCCAUCCUUCACUCCCCUUAGCAUUUUGUUAAGUCUUGUUUUAGUCAAUACUCUUCAGAAAGAGUACAUAUUUCUGGCCAAAAAAACACUCUUAGUGAUCUGUGAAAUUUUGUUUUACAGUGUAAAUAAUUAUUUAUAAGUACCAUUAUAAGUUAUUAUAAUAUAUUACUCAAUUAACAAUUUUAAUAAUUGCACAAUUUUUUUUUUUGUAAAAACUAUUGCUGUUCUUUAAUUUAGAUCCUAAUUCUUCAAUGAAACCCUCAAAGAAAGAUGAAAAAGGCAGCAGCUCAAUAGAAUCAGUAGAGGGUCUGGCUGUAAGUUAUAUUUAUAUGUUUGAAGUGAAUAUUGUUAAAAAUGAAAUUAACUAGGAAUGAAAUAGAUGGUCAAUUAAUUUUAUGAUUUAAAUUUACAGAGUGUCCUAGAUAUCACUGAUGUGAACUGUGUUUUUGAGGGAGACCUGGUUGAGGUGGAUCCAGAAACAUUUCUUCCAAAAUAUAAAAUUCAUGCCUUCCUGUUACAUGACAGUAUGGUGGUCGCAAACAUCAUUCAAAACAGGUACUAUCAACAGCAGUUGUAUUGAACCAUGGUUCACUGGUGAUGAUGUUAAGUUUACAAUUGAACUAAAGAGACAUAAAGAAAAGUUAUGAAAGUGAUCUGAUCUUUUCCUAGGUCAGUUUUCUGUGAAAUCUGAGAAUUCAUAUACAGUUUUUAUCCUUAAACUGAUCUCAAAUGAAACUUAACCUGUCUCGACUUGUUUGUUAGUUAGUCUGAGUCUAUAUUUGGAAUUAAUCUUAAUACCAUGGUAUUGAUACAGACUUGCCCAGGGUUAUUAGUAACUAUUGAUUGUCUCCAGUAUUUUCGCUUUUCUAAGGCGUGGUCCAGUUCGUUUUAAGUUCCAAAGCCUGUUUGAACUAGAAAAUGUUGCAGUGGUGAAUAUGACAAGUGCUGAUGGUAUGUAUAUUGUUGGGCAAUCACCUUGACCUCACCCUCUUCAGUUUCUUUAUUUUGUGACUCAUUUUUAACCAAUAACAGGCUAGAAAAGAAGGUAAAUAGCUAAUACAUUAUGAGGUUACUUGUAUAUAAUUUUUUUAGUGAGCUCUGAUCUAACUGAAGUUGAUGGUAUGGUCUUGAAUAGCACUGUACUGUGGUGAGAACUGUGCCUGUGUUCUGCAUCAAUUUAUAUAUCCUAUUGAGAUUGUUAGCCAUAAUACAGGGACUAAUUACAACUAACAGCAUUAUGUUUAGUAUUUGAUUGUAUAAUCAGUGCAAGGUCUCAGACUAUUCAUCUCUAAUAAUAAGAGCAUCUGACAAUAAGCUGGACAAUAAACAGAUUUUUAGGUUUACAUCUAAUGCAUGUUGGUGGUUAUGUUACAAAUUUAUAAUGAGUCAUUGGUUUUGAUGCACAUCUCAGGUUUGAAGGAUGCUUUCAAGGUUUUUCUGUUCCCAGAAACUCAUGUGUAUCAAGCUGAAAAUAAAACAAUCAAGGUGAAGAGAAGAAAAAUGAACUACCAUGUAUACAGUAAUAAUAUUAUUAUUAUCUCCUGACCCACAAGGCCCUGCUUACAUAAUCCCAUUAACAAAACAUGGGAAUGAAAAUUGAUGUGAGCAGAGUGGGAUGAGUCGACCUGAGCCAGUCCAGAAAAAAACCAUUCAGCCCUGCACUUGUAUGUCUCUUUUAAAGAAAUUAAUAAUGGAGUACAAUGUAAAGAAAACAAUUCAGUUAUACUUUUGAUGUAAUGCAUGUUUCUUGCACAAGGUUUUGGCUUACAAUUGAGGUAUUUCCUUUUAAUGCACCUGUCUGACAUAGCAUCUAAUUGUUACCUUUUUGUACUUAUUCUCUAGAAAGAGUGGUUGGAUAGGAUUGAAGAAUGUAAAAAGAACUUUAAACUGAAGCUGGAACAAGAGGUUAAUGAAGGUGGCAGUGAAGUUGCAUCCAAUACAGAGAUUACCAGCAGUUCAGAGAAUUCCAAUCCUUUUGUUGAAGAUAGUGGAAAAAAUCCAUUCGUAGAGGAUGACAACAGCAAUCCUUUCUCAAAUAAUUAUGAUGAUGACAAGAAUCCAUUUAAUGAAAGCAAAUCCACCAAUCCUUUUGAUGAAGAGGAGGAUGAAGGUUGCUAUAAUGAUCUUUAUCAAAACAGUACACAGGCAGAAAAUAAUCUGCUUGACCUUUAUGGAAGAUGCUACUUGAAUCAACAGUUUAGCAGGGAGGUUGCCAUAGGGACCCAUCAGAAACUGAAAAACUCAAAACAAUUAUUCAUUUGUCUAACAAUUGAAACUAAGGUGCAAUGAAUGACUAAGGCAUCAGACAAAAUAAUGGCAAAAAUCAUCAAUUGAAAUCAACACCUUAAAAAUGAGACUCUGAAAAAAUUGAAAUUAAAAAUAUUUAUCUGAUAAACUAGAAAACGGAAAAGUCUUGUCACCAGCCCCUUGUCUGGGGCAAGGUCAACAUGGUAGGGAGGCAUCACCACUGGCUAACCACUUUAUAAUAAACCAUUUCCAGCAGAUGCACCAAGAUCUCCCCACAAUGGUCAUGAGGAUCCAUCUAGUAUUAUGUAGUUAUCUGCCUCAAUGUGCAAGCACUGGAGAGGGCUUGGGGUGGGAAGGAGGGAGUAGAUUAAUGCAACAGAAGUCCCUGCUUAACUUUCCCAUUAAAUACCUGGAGUGCUUUAACUUUCUCAAGGGAAGAUACUUAUCAAUUGAAAGUGACGGUGUCUUAAAAUAUAGAACAGAUUAAAACUUAGGGGGCAUGUCUUUUAUAUACAUGUCUGUGGUUUUGUUACAGGGCCUGUUUCUUCUUCCUCACCUAAUUCUGGAAACUCCAAUGUUGUAAAGGUAACAAAAAAUUGAAUCAGAGAGCAACCACUAGUACAUGUAAGAGUUUAAAUGAUGUAUGUGAACCAAAAUGUAGGCCUGAUUUCCUCUGUUGUCUUGAGUUUGGUCUUUAUUCCUCUCUACACCUCCUUGUUGUUUCCCUGUUCUUAAUCCAGUCAGCGGUGUGGCUUAAUUAAUUCUUUACAUAAAAUUAUAUUUAGCUUUUUUGUAUAUUUCUUUCAGGCUGGAAAAGGUUGGCUCAGAGAUAUGCCAGAAGAUUUAGACAUGUUCAUAGCUCAAAGGGAUUUUGAGAGGGCCAUGGAGUUAAUAGAUAGAAGUGAGUAGUGUUUCCUCGGCAAAUAGUGAACCUAGAUUAAGCUAACACGGUCAUCCUCCCUCCUUCCUUCCCACCUAAACGCUCUCUGUGCUGGCCCUGGUAGAAUGAUUUAUAAGCUCAGCAUAUCUUAUAAUUAUUCUUUCAGCGAAUAAAUAUUUGAAAGAAAACAGCAGCUCUCAAGCAGCAAAAGAAAUCAAGUAAGUCUUACCAAAUUUAUUGUCAAGUUGAUAAAAUGUAGUGGCCUAUCAGUUGUUCAGUUUAAAGAACCCCCGGACAUGUAAAAGGUGUUCAAAAUUAGCCACUGAAAUACGCGUACCAUAAGGGUGUACAGCGCUAGCAAGGAAGAAAUAGAUUUCUACUAACUCUUUCAAUACUUUCAUUGUGUUUUUGUGGGCGACAUUAUUUCAUUUUUAUUUGGUUAGAGUUCGCCUUGAUCGUCGAGUAAAGCAGUUGGUAGAUGCUCUUAUUGAUGAGUUGGACUCUAGUCGGAGCUUUCUACUUCAUGUAGGACCACGAGCAACCAGAAGAACUGUGUCACUGUUGGUUAGACUGGGGAGAGCUUCUGAGGUGUGGCAUAUUAAUGUUCUAUAAUCUUGCAUACUUGUCAAAAGAGGAGAUUUUUGAUCGGAUUUUUUUACUUAAAAAAUGAUGCAGUGAUAAGGUUAUCAGUCGAUCGUGCGCUACAUUGUUCGGUUGAGGGUAGUGCAGAACAAGACUGUAGGUGACAGUGACCUUGCUACAACCUGAGUAGACGGUUGACAGCAAUUGAUAACUUAUGAGCCUGAUCUCGACUGUUAUGAUGGCUUUGCUCGGUUUGUCAAAACGUCAGUGACUGUCACGUACACGGUCAUGCCACACGAUUGACGUGUUAUCAAUAAAAGAUAAGCUUACCCCGAAUCCCGUUUGAAUUUGUUUCUUCACUUUUAUAGUGCGCUUAUGUAUUACUGGCGACUUUUUCAAGGUGUGCAUGUGUCAGGGUGGGUGGGAAUGGGGAAGGAUACUUGAACAACCCUAAUUGACCUCUCUUAUCUUUACUUUUGACGAGGCAGGCAUGUCAGCUUUUCUUGAGGAACAGAAGUGAAGCCAUCAAACAUGCUAUAAGGUAACCUAUCACAAUUUGUUCCAAUUACUUUGCACAACUAAAAUGAUUGAACCCAGCAUACCAGCUGCAUGCAGACCUAAUUUGAUACAAAGCUAGACUUAGUACAGAUCUAAUGAAGUGCUGCGUAGAAGCUCACUACAAGUACCGUUAUGUGAUAUGGAUGACUGCUUUAUUUUUUAAGGCAACUCAAGAUUGAAGGGGCUACAUCUCUAUACAUCUCUAAGUUGUCCACCGCGUUCUUUAGUAGCAUCAUAGAGACUGGUAAAGAGUUUGAACAAGUUUUCUCUGCUAACAGAGGGUUUAGUUCAGGUCAGUAGAAAAAUCUUCUUUCCUAACUUUCUUCCUCCAUGCCGUAGCUGUAAAUGCUUUCUAGUAUUGAACUUCGUGUACUUGAAAUGAAUAUUUACAGCUCUAGUAAUAGCUUUAGUAGUCUUUUACUAAUUCUUGUUUUUCUCUCUCCGACCAGCCUUUGUCGUGUGGGCCAAAAGUGAACUGAAGCACUUUGUGUCACGCUUUUCUAAUCAAGUAUUCAGAAGGGAGAUGGGUCUAGCAGCUACUGGUGUUUGUGUCAGCAUGGCAAGGCAUCAGUGUGAAAAGGUAAACCUUACUGUGUUCUCACGUUUGACCUUGUGGCUGAAAGCCGCAAGAUAUAUAGCCAUCGUCAACGAUGUCUGUCUUUCGUUCUCGUGGUAUAUUUUGCUACUGUUUUCUCUGCGAUGUAGCGCCUCUUUCCCAGAAUCCUUGUUGAUAUUUAUCUCUUCGGACCCCUAAAUGGCACCCAUCGUGGGGCUGUUAUACGGUUGUCCUUAUUUUCUAUCCUGGUUCCAACCAAAAUCAAAAAGUUUAUACAUUUUGACUGUGUAAAACUUAGCUUGUGACAUGUUGAUUGUACAGCUGCAGGAGAUCGGCCUAGACUUAACAUUUUCCAUGCAAGAGAUGCUUCUUAGAGACAUUGUUGAAGCACUCCUUGACACAAGAGAUCAGAUGGUGAAGUUUUCAAGGCACAGGGCCAUGGUAAGUGACAUGAAAUGUAAACGUGGAAAUAACAUCGUCACCGUUUUUUUCGGAGCCAUUUUUUGUGGCGUGCAUAACAACCUUCAACUGGAAAGGAGACUCCAAAUAAAAGAUCGAAAAGAUAGGAAAAACACAAAAGUUGCGAUGACAACCAUGAAGGAACAAGAAUGAAUAAGAAUGGAGAAAAUUAACAUGGAUUGUACAUGACUAAGUUGCUUAUACAAUGACGUAGCUCGGCGAACUCAUAGUUUACUUCUAGUAAACGUGUAGCAGGCAAUAAUACAAACUCUGAAUCCCACUCGUGCCCUGGAGCGAAUGAGGACAGACACCUCAGCGGCUUCUUGUGUUUUACUUUGAACUUCUCACAGGUGGUCAUCUCUACACUGAAUAAUCGAAUAAUUUCAAAUCUACAGAGAGUUUCUCUCUAUUAUGAAUUCACGAUAUGUUUUUUUCCUCAUGAAGGAAACAAAUUGGAAACCAAUGGAGUUUGAAGGACAUGCAGAUCAGCUUGGAAAAUUAUGUGAAGAAAUGGAAAGCCUGGGUAUUGAGAGUUUUCAACAACUUGUUGGUAAGAAGCUGUGUUCAUUUAUCGAUUUUUUGUUUCCUUCGCAGUUUCCUUUACCCGGCAUUUUUUGUUUAAGUUAUCUAGAAUUCGAUGUUGCAAUUAUGGCAAUUAAUAGUUAGUUCUUCCCGUUUGCGCUUCAGUGAUAAUUUGCCUUCAGAACCAAGGUUCUCUUUAUUCCAUGUCGGCUUCUGCAAUCAGAAAUCUCGGUCUGGAGUUGAACAUGCUGAUCACUCGGACCGACCGACUGAUCGCGUCCUCUUGCCCUUUAGCUAGCCUACGGUAUUUGGUCGAAAGCUGGUCCCGACUUGUCGUUAAUCUAUCGGUAGCCUGUUGGCAGCCUGUUCCAGCCUGUCGGCUAUCUGCCGACAGUCUAUCUAGCAACUAAUCACCUAUAGGGUCUUGGAACAACAGUCGGUAGAGAGAAGCUUUACUUGAAAUUUACUGAGAUUAUAGCCAUGACCCUCCUUCGCUUUGUUGUUUUGUUGAACACAGAUGGCAAUAAAGUGAACCUGAGCAGUGCCACUGUGGCUUUUAUUAAAGGAGUGUUGGGCUUCGUCGGAGACGGAUUAACAGUCAAUACACCACAGGCAAGAUGGCUACUAAUAAUAUGCGUGAUACAAAUGGUUAUUUUUUUUCCUUAAUCUUUGUCUUUUAUUUUGCGUAGUAAAAUAAAAGUAUCCCUUUCAACUUUCAGCUUCAGCCAUGGUUUGUCGAUUGCAUUGGGGAUUUGUUUGAAAACCAAGUGGUUCUGUUCGAGGCCAUUCUUAAGUCUGGUCGGUAUGCAAGCCAAGUAAGCAUCUACCUGUAUUCAGCGUUCAUUUCCUUUAGCGAGGACGUCCGCUUACCAGCGGGCUUUGGCGUUAGUGCUGGCGGCAGUCGAUGUCCUAGGCCUCGCUGCACGCUGAUCAAAAAUAAGUGCGUUACCGAGGGCUUUGUUAUUCCGCCUUUUACGUUUGUUUUGUUUAGUUCGGAUUUGCUCCUUUCGGUUCGGUUUUGUCUAAAUUAUUAGUAUUGUAAAAAGCCGAGAAGCAGGAUCCCUGGCAAGUGGCUUAUAGCUCUGAUAAGUUCAACACCCACUAAAGGCUUCUGAGUUACAACCGUCUUGUCAUGUUGUCUUUCAUAACCUGUUGUGCGUACUUUUUUUUUCCAGCGUGAGUUCAUCCUUAUGAAUGCUUCAUUUGUCUUUGAAAUUACCCUUCCUCUGAUUAAAAAGCGAUUGAAGGUAGGUAUGCGGUUUAAAUAUGGUUUGCGAGUUUCGUUUUCUUUUCGAUUGUUUGUCUGUGUUUUAUUUGCUUACGUAGAAUUUCCUUGUUCGCUUUUUUCCGCGCUUGAGUUUUCGUGGGUUCCUUUACCGUUAUUCUGAAAGGCUGUUGUGAUUACUUUGGUUUUGUGUGGACGGCAGUUAAGGGAAAACCGAUCCACCUCCUGGAAUGAGCUCUUUUUUGUUUCUUUUCUUAUUUUUGCCAUUUUUCUUUAGAUUGGGACCAAUCCUGGUCGUUUCAUGGAAAUACAGAGCGAGUUAAAGAGACUUCAGUCCAUUACUCCUUCAAGUGAUGCGACGGAAGGAAAAACUGGCAAAUGAAAAUGUGAUAACAUCUCACCACUAAUGAUAAAUUGUUUUCAAGAAGACACUUCAUUAUAGUCUGUUCAAAACAGAACUGAAAACAAAAUAACAGAAGUAACCAAAUGAGAACUUCAAUUUUCUUGUAUCUUACAGAAACAAAUCUUUAUUUCUAGUGAAUUCAGUCUGAUAAUGAUGUACAAUUAUUGUUUCGAUACCGAGAAAAGUUCAGUUAUCAUUGGAUGAGAAGUAACAGUUGUCCUACGCUCCAUGCGCAUGGGUGAGGCUGCAGUCGAGCCUUUCGUCCGCCUAUGAUCGUUUUUGAGUGGUGGGGGAAUCUUUUAUCUGUUUCCCUUGGAGGGAAAAUUCUUGUGACGUUUUCAAUUUAAUUUAGUGCAGAGAGAGCAGUAAAAUUACCCUGACUGGUCUUAAUAACGCGCUCAUUGGAAUGAAAGAGUUAAAUUGUGAUAUUAUCCUUGUCACCCUUGCAAAAAGGGCUCUACAUUCUUUGUUUCUUUUUUAUCUGCGAAAGAGGAAAAUUCACCACAUUCGUUUUGCAUAGUAAUGCAGUGACGGUUACUCUGCCAAUAUUCGAGUUUUGUGCAAAAAAACACUCUGAGUCCUCAAGUCGUGGCUAUAAGGGUUAAAUAGACUCAGAGAAUGAAUUUGGAAACCAAAGUACCUUUCCUUAUUAGUAGAUUUUUAACCACGAAAAUCAAUCUGGUUUUUUUUUUUAUAAAAUCUUCAACUGUAGUGGAGUCGACCCUCUCUUUAAUUAGUACUGAACAUUACAACGAAAAAAUAAAUGAAUUACACGAGAGAGAGAAGCUUUAUGGUUGUUUCGGCGUUAAUUAACAUUAAAUGAAGACUUCGUUAGGCUGGAUCACGAAAAUACUUGUGUGUUUCACCGGAAGCCCCGAAAAAAAACUGCAGGCAAUUGUUUCUUUGUGAGUCUAAGCAAUCACGCGCCUUUGUAUCCGUAAACAAUAACGCUAGCAUUAGCACGUUACACAAACAAUGCCAAACAAAUGUACGGGCGGAUGUGAUAUUAACUCCAUUCUCAUACAAACAGAACACUGGAACAGACUUGUAUUACUUCGAAUAGUUAGUUCAGUAUUUCUUGUCACGUUUAUCACGAAAUGUAACAUGAACCUCGCUUUUUUACAGCUCUGAGCUACUUGGAAUUACUUGUUUUUGGUUUCACUUUGUGGUCAGUCUUGUCUUUUAACGGUGAGAUUACAGGUACUCGGUCAAAAAAGAGUGGGAAUGGAUCCUAAGGGAUUUAAGAAGAAUAAACCUUUCUUUUUCAAGGUUUAGCAAGUUGUUGUGACAAUUAUUCAAAAAUGCUAAAUAAAUUAUAGGGGCGCUAAUUAUAUGAAUAAGUGGACAAACAUGUCAACCGGAAUAAGCUCUAGAAGUCUGCAAUGCUUGUGAAUUUCAUUUGAAUUGAAAACCCAUACAUUUAAUUAAAG